AGGGAACAAAGUUCUAUUAGGUGUACGUUAAAUUGGUGAAACGUUGGAUCCAUAAUGACAAAUUUUGUUCUAUUUACAAUAUACUGUGUAAUCCUAUUUAUCCUCGACGAGGGGGUAGCUUUGAGAUGUCGUUCGGCGAAUCAAGAAAUGGAUAUGCAAUUUCAAAAGGUUCUACAAACUUGCAAAAAGCGCUAUUCUGGUUCUGGUAUGGACAACGAUGAUUCUAUGUCUUCAGAAAGCGAAAAUUCAGAAAGCGAUUAUAGUUCUGAAGAGAAAAUGUUCUCUACGCAGAUGGACAGGACCUCUUACAAUCGCUCCAUGAAUAAUAAUCAAAGAUACAGACCUUCUGAAGGGAAUAGCGACAUCCGUUCAUCUGACUCCAAAAAUAGAAAUUUCAGGGAUUUUCAAAAUAUGAAAAAUAAUCGUAGAAUUAACGAUCAGAACUCAAGUCGGCGCAAUAAAAAUGACGAGUUUAACAAUGAAAAUACGCGCUAUAAUAAUAAUAGUAAUAAUAACAAUCGAGAACAAUCUUGCAUUGUGCAGUGUUUUUUCAACGAAUUGAACGUUGUAGAUCAAAAGGGAUUUCCAAGACGUGACUCUGUGAUUCCAUUAAUGAGUCAAAAUAUUCAAGAUCCAGAAUUAAGAGAUUUUGUUGAAGAAUCAACUAUUGAAUGCUUUCGUUAUCUCGAAUCAAAUAAAAGAGACAAGUGCGAAUUCUCGCAGAAUCUUUUGAAGUGUUUAGCUGAGAAGGGACGUGAAAAAUGUGAAGACUGGGAAAAUUGAAGAAGUUUCAUCGAAUAUGUUAGAAAGCAGAAAAUAGUAUAGAAAUAAUGUAUAUAAAAUUAAUAAAGGUAGUGAACAUUUAAGUAUAACUAAUAAAUCAUAUAAAACAGCGAAUCCUUUUGAAAAGAUGUAAAUGUUCUAUUAUAAUACCUUCAGAACCAAUGCUUGAGGAUUUCUAUAUUGCACGGUUUCCAUUAAUUGUAUUGUACAAAGUAUGAAAUGAUAAUAUUGUGAAAUAAAACAAGUGAUUAAUACUUUAUAAUGACAUUAUAAAUUGCGUUAAAAAUCAGUGUUUACAAAAACAUUACUUAUACUACAUUACAUACUAUAAUGCUUUCAACACCAUACAAAUUGAAAGUGUAAUUGCACAUAGUUUAAAUGACGUUACAAAGAGAAUUUUUACAACAUUUACAAGUAAUGUUUUCGAUUAUAAUCAUCAUUACUGCAAAAAUAUUGAAAUUCUUAAAUGUUGCCUUAUAUGGUAACAUUUUUGUCACAAUUCAAUGAACAUUAAAAAUAAUUUCUAUAACAAAUAAAUUAUCACAUAAACAACAUUUUUGUGAUUAUUUAGUAGUAAUAUUAUAUAUUAUUUUCAAAAUAGCCUAUUGUAUCAGCAAUGCAAAUAACACCAUUGCAGCGGAUAAAUAUUGCUUCGCAGCGUACUCGAAACGUUAAAAAGAAGGUCAAGGCAGAAACUAUUCAACAGUAACAUUUUUUUCGUAAUAUUUCUCAUUUUUAUAUUUUUUUACGUUUUGUUAAAUUUUAAACAUUCAAAAAUGAUCACAGCUUAUGCUUUUCUAUAGCACUGAUGAUAACAAUUCGAGAUGAAUGCGUUUAUAAAUUUUUGUAUAUUCUUGCAUUAUUGCAGGUAUAUAACAUUUUAUCAGAAUUUUUGAAUCUACCAUUGCAAAAUAUUUGAUACGAAUCAUUGCUAGUACUAUCGUUGGGUUACUUAAAUUCCAAAAUUUUAAUCGAAUGAAUAAACUAUAUUAUUUUCAAUUUUUACAGUUAUACCCACUAUGCUGUAUUAUAAUAUACAUAUAUCGUGAUAUAUUACUAUAAAUAUAAAAGACUAUUUCCUUUUUUUCAAAUCUUCAAAACGUU